UCUAUCGGUUAAAUAAGCAAGCAUAAGAAAGGUCUGUAAGUAGAAACAGCUGCGAUUUAGCAAACACGGUAAUGAAUCCAAAAAGAAACUUGUUUAACUGUGAGCAAAUCUCGGAAUUCAAUUACGUAACUGCUUGAUAGCAGAGCAGUUCUUGCGUAUGCUCAGUUUAAACAGGGCUGGAUUGUCGCUCACGAACCACUAUGACAGAAUUCUCAGAUUACACCACAUGAAGAUGGGUAAACUAACAUUUCUAGCAGGCCUUCUUGGGAUUUUAUGGAUAUGCCAAACCUGGCAGGAGAUUGCAACGCAAGGCACAUUUUUUGAAGAAAUAACAGAAGACAUUCAGCUGGACAAGGAAACCAUGCCCCUUUUCAUUGGCAUUACUCCGACAUUUCACGCUUGCAGCAUGAACAGCAAUUGCGGGUUUGUUAUUAAGAACGUCCACGAGGAAGAAAAAGAAGCCACUACGUUACCAGAGAGCAGGGAGGGUCUGCGAAUCUGGAAAAAGAUGCAGCCCCAUAAUGACAGGACUAGUGGUGUAACAACUAUACCAAGGGCGUAUAAUAGCUGCAAAGAUGCCAUGGAAGAUGGCAUCAACACUAGCCAAAUAGUGACUCUAUCAACAAAUGGUGAAAACUUUCAAACAUGGUGCGACAUGACGACAGAUGGUGGGGGUUGGACGGUAUUCCAAAGAAGAGUUAACGGGAGUCUUAGUUUUGAGAAAACCUGGCAACAAUACGAGAAAGGGUUCGGUGACCCAAGCGGCAACUUUUGGCUUGGACUUGAAAAAAUUCAUCUUUUGACAAAAGCAAAAAAUUCAACCUUGAGGGUCGAUUUGAUAAAUCUGACAUUAGAGAAAGGAUACGCAAAAUACAAACAAUUUGGUGUAGGAGAAAACCAAACAGGCUACAAACUUGAUGUCGAGAACUAUGAAGGAAACAUCGGGGAUGGGCUUGCGUGCUCGAAUGGCAUGAAAUUCACUACAUCUGACAAAGAUAACGAUCUUCAUGGUUUCAACAACUGCGCUACAUCAUAUAAAGGUGCAUGGUGGUAUAAUAAAUGUUGCAACACGUAUCUUAAUAGCAUAUAUCAUAAUAUAAAGACAGAAAGUCGAUUUAAAAUGACAUGGCAUUCAUGGAGAAAUAAAACCGGAGAUAUCGUUUACUCAGAAAUGAAAUUUCGAUAAAGUUGUAUGUCACUCCUUACCCCCUCCGCCCCCCGUUUAAAAAUCGAAGUACCGUUUCAUAUUAAAUGUCUCAAACCCCUCCACAACCAAAUAUUUUCAGAGCAUUCGAAUACUUCCUACUCGUAGAACAUUGAUGAACAAAAUGAUGAUCAGAAAAAUUUUCAGUCACAAUGUUUACAAUAAACCAUAUUAACAACCU